AUGAUACACGAUAAGAACCGACGCGAUGUAAUCCUAAUUGAGGUUGGCAUCAGUAGACAGGACAGGACCAAAAUAACUCCGUACGUGAUGAUUUGGGAUGGCAUUGUAACGAACUUUCACAAACGCUACGCAAAGGAUAUCAGUAUAUCUGACCACAUCAAGCCAUAUAUCCAGUGGAUAUAUGGCUUGAUGUGGUCAGAUAUACUGAUAUCAAAAGUGCUCAAAAAGAUACUCGAAAGCAUCUCAUUCGAUGAUCACUAUGGAUUUCACGAGGAUGGUGAAAAAAGAUCAGCACAAAAAUUUUGA